CGAAGUGUUAUAAUUUUGAUUGUAUAAAAACUAAAAAAAUAAAUAUAUUUUUUAAUAAUUAAUAAUGAUAGGUUUUUUUUUUUUUAUUUAUUCUUCUUCCUGUGGGAUGUUACACUUUUAUACCCCAGACGUUAGAAUGUUCGAGAGAGUACGCGACAAAUACAAAUUUUGAAUAUACCUAACAGGUAUUUUUGUAGAUGGACAAGGAUUUUGAUUUAGUAACACACAAGUAAUCCUUUUUUCUUUUCCGCCAUGAUUAGAGAAUCAGGUAAUUAUUUUAUUUCCGUUUCGGCAGCAUACAACAAUUUAACCAACUAUGAAUAAAAAAAACGACUUUAAUGUUGCCAACUUAACAUUCAUCCUGGCCGACUCAUACAAUUCAAAUUUUUAAGCACAGGAUCUUUGGUAAGUUAAAAUUGUUAGAUAACAUAAACGUGCAAGCACUAUAACAUGCUAUUUCAUAUUUCCAUAUACUUAUGGCAAAGCAAGGGAGAAAGCCAGGGUAGCCGAGGACACCAGCGACCUUCAAUCAGAGGUUGAGACAAUUCAAAGACGAAAAAGGACUCGCAGAUUCGUCUCGUCGGAGAGUGAGGAAUCAUCGGAUAGUGGUUCCCUGAGUUUUCGCUCGCCUCCACCGAUGCUGGAAGGGAGAACGGAAAUUGCAACGGUCGGUGACAGUGCAGCAGGGAAUGCAGCUCUCAUAGUAACAGCCACCGCAGGUCCCAGCAGUAGCAGAUGCAAUGAUUCAGGGAAGUGUCAGAGCUGCAUCGAAAAAGUACGUUACCUCGAAACAAUAAUCAAACAAAACCACCUAAUCUACGGAUUAUUGAUGGAUUUGACGCCUGACAUGCAACAGCUUAAAUUAGCGCAAAAAGUUGUCCCUGUCGCGGAACAGUCAGUCUCGUUGUACACGAAAUAUGAAGGACUGCAGUUCUCCCUUACGCGGGAAGAAGAUGUGCUGCAAUUAGAAACCUUCUUAGCAAAGUUCAGGAAUUAUCAAAAACAGGGGAUGGGGACAAAUAACUACCAAUUUGUGAAAAGGGUCUUGUCCUGAAUUUUAGACAACGAGUUAGCCCUGAAAUACAGCUGGCUGAGAAGAAAGGCAAGAAUUUUAUUUUGCACCUUGCGUUUAGCUAGGUUGGUGAUAUCUGCUGCUGAAACGGCAAAUCUUGCCGACAGUACUCUUACUUGUUCUCUAACAAUGGAGGUGUCAAUUUAAAACUAGCUACGAAGAACUUUUGAUAGGAAAAAUGUUACCGCGAAACAAUUUUGAACGAAUGUUUUGUAUAUUUUGAAUAAAAUAUUAUUAUUGUUA